UGACCCGCCAUUCCCACCGUCCGCGGCCGCUACCCGAUCGUUCAUGAACUGCGACCCCUGCCCUCCGCUUGACGGGAGCGCUUCCCCGCCGCCGCCGUCGCCGCCAUGGCCAUGAACGGCCGCGACAUGUCCAGGGCCGAGAGGUUCGAGGACGAGAAGAGGAGGAUCAUUGACAGCUGCUUCAGCAAGCGCGAUGACGACGGCUCGACCCUCGAAACAUACAUCACCCACAUCAGAAUCACCGAAUACCAAACCUAUCCGACCUCUCCGGCCCCUCCACAAGCCCGGACACCUCAGAUCGAAAAGCCACGCGUCAUCAUCGUUGCUGUGCGCAAGUCGGGCCGUGUGCGUGUACACAAGUCCAAGGAAAACCCCAACGGCACCUUUUCGAUUGGCAAGACAUGGUUCCUCGAUGACCUGACAGCAAUCGAGUCCUUCACGAGCCCGACAGCCAACCCGAACCACCAGGCAUGGGCCGGAGAUGUGGGCUUCAUUGUGACCCUCGGCAAGCCGUACUACUGGCAAGCCCAGACCGACAAGGAGAAAAAGUUCUUCAUUGCCAGUUUGAUCAAGAUCUACUCCAAGUAUACCGGCGGCCGAACUCCCACCCUAACCGGCUUUGACCAGCGCGAGCUUGAGCAAGUGCUGGGCGGAGCACAGGCACCGCGGAGGCUUGAGCGACCGCCUCCCCGACCGGCUCCCCUCGACACUGCUCCCAGCAGUACAAAUGCGUCGAUCGUAUCCGCCGCAUCUGCGUACAAUGGCUCCUACAACGCCCCACCCGCCACGGCGCCUCCUUUCCCGGAAAGGAUGCCAUCGCGCAGCCCGCUCGUGCCCAACGGAACGUCCUCGCCCGCACGCAGUAUCGAUUCUGGACGGCCUUCACAGGAGCAAUCCUCGCUACGACGACUGGCGCUAAAUAACAAGAGCCAAGACUCGGUAGCUGCCUCGUCCAUUGCAAGGAGCGAGAUGGCAAGGAGCGAUGAUGCAAACAGCCUCCGUCCAAGGUCGAGGAAUGGACCCGGCGCGAGUCCAAGCUAUAUUACGCCGGAACUUACCCCACAUCCUGUCGAGGACAAACCUCCCGAACGACGACGCCCCCCUAUGGAUCCCCUGCGACCAGCGCAGGUCGACAGAGACUUGAUACCCGCGCCGCUGAUGAGCCCGGCCAUGCGCCGAGAGCCCGUGGUACCGCCACGGAGCGUAGAGAGGGUGUCGUCCCGUAAGAACUCUGUUAACCGGCGAAAUGAUUCGGAACCUCGGAGCGACAGCGUCUCAACGCCAAACGAUUCUAGCAGGCCAAACACGGCAGCCAGUGCGAGUAUAGUCAGCCCUAUAGUCGAGACCCCUACGUCCAUCGCGUCAACAGUUUUGCCUCCUUCGGUUGAGGAAAGCCCAUCAGAACCUUCGGCUGAGCCGGAGGAGACGCGGCCCGGGCUCGGCCCUAUGAUCAAGUCCAAGAAGUCAAAAGGCGAAAUCGCAGGCGCAUUUUGGAAAGCUGCAGCGGCGGCGAGCGCGUUCAAGCCGAGGCCUGGCGGCGCAGCGGAACGUUUACGCCAGAACCAAAACAAAGUCGAUGACGGGCCCGAUGGUAUUACCGCCGUCGUUCCGGCUCCCGCGAAACCUGCGCCAGUUCAGAAGCCACCCGAGCCUUCUCCCGUCGUGGAACCCCCACCUAAAACAGCUGACCGAAGCCCAGCAUCGGCGAUUCCGGAGGUAAAGAUCACAGAGUCCGAUUCUGCCGAUAAACCAAGCGGUGGACAAGCAGUUGCGAGAGCAAAAAAGGCGGAAGAGCCCAUUCCUGAAGAGCCUCGGCGGCCAAUAGUGACCGGAAACGAUGUAAAAUAUCUGACGACGCUCGGCCUAGACCCCUCCAUCCUCGACGGCCGGACGACCGAGUUCGCCAAGUGGCUGGACUACUUCGGCUGGGUCCCGGGUGAAAAGAUGCGGGCCAAGACCUUUGAUGAGAUGCGGGCCGACAUCGACCGGGAACUCACCAAGGCCCAAGCCGGCGGCUGGCUCGCCCGGUUCCAGGAGGAAGAUGAGAGGGUAGAAGCCAUCAAAAAGGGAAUCGAUCUUGCCAUCAAUGAAUGUGAGGAGCUCGACAACCUGCUUACCCUAUAUAGCGUUGAGUUAUCCACCUUGUCAGAUGAUAUCGCGUACAUCGAAGCCCAAGGCCAGGGUCUGCAGGUUCAAGCGGCAAAUCAAAAGCUUCUGAAGAAGGAACUCGAAUCCCUGCUGGAGACUUGCGCCAUCAGUGAAUCCGACCUAGAAGCUUUGAAAAGGGCGCCUCUCGAAGACCCGUCAGGCGUAGAGGAUAUCGAGGCCGCUCUCGUCACGCUGUUCAAGGCCAUGGUCAAGAUUGACCCGACGCUGGGCACCAGCGAGGCGCGCAAGAGCGAAGACGGGGCCGGUGAACAGACCCUUGGCCUCGACAGCGACUACGGCAAGAUGCGCAUCGUCCGAGAAAAGAAGGAGAUGUACAUGGCUGAGAGCUCACUCUUUAUGCGCAGGCUCGUAAUUUUCAUGGAACGGCAGUUCUCGGAAGCAUUCCGCGAGACCAAAAAUGCGCUCGACGGAGCCCUCUCCAAGAAGGCCGAUGCCCGCAAUCACGAUGUGGGGCGGGACCUGUUAUGGAUGUACAGUCCCUUUAUACUCUAUGCGCGGGAUGUCGACGUCGGCAAUUGGAACCGGAUCUUGCAGAUCUACCAGGACAAGAGCCAUCCCAUCUACAAGGCCGAGUUUAGGGAUGCCAUGGAGGCGUGGAAGAAGAACGCGAGAAAGAUGACGGGUGACGAGAGCGAGCUGCUGUUCACAUCGCAGCAGGAAAAGAAGGAAGAAGGUCUCGCGACCACGGCACGGAAGCUCACCGUCAAGCGCAGCCAAACGCUGGCCAGAAGCCUCCGAUCUCCAUUGGGCGACGGAAGCCGGACGAACCUGGCGGACAAGACACCGGACGGCAGGUCACUGCCCUACGAGGUCUUUGCCGGCGUUUUGGAUGACCUACUUCCGUUGGUGGAAAUGGAGCAAAACUUCAUUGUCGACUUUUUCCAUGCAACGACGCUCGAGCAGUCGGACUUUCCGGAUCUCGUCGCGAGCUCACGGCCUCGCGACCGUCGCGGGGGCGACCUGAAGCGGCACCGUUUGAUGGAGCCAGACCGCGAGCUAGCACGCAAGGUCACCAAAGCGAUGGAGACAAUCUUUGUCUUUUUGGAGUCGAGUCUGCAGCAGCUCAUGGACUGGACAUUGGGCAUGGAUCCUUUACAAGGCGUCGGCAUCCUGGCCACGCUGGAACGCAAGAUGGCCGAGAUGAGCCAGUCCAACCAGGACUUCCUCAACAACGUACUCCAAAAACUCCACGGCAACCUCGAGGCCAAGUUUAAGAAGUUUGUCGACGACCAGGUCCGUGCCAUCGAGGAGACCAAGGUCAAGAUCAAGAAGCGCAAGGGCGUCAUCCACUUCAUCCGCAUAUUCCCGCACUUUACGACCGCCGUCGAAAACAUGCUCUCCAACGUGGACCCCACCCUCGGCGUCCGCCGCAUGGUCGACCGCGAGUACGACCGCAUCCUCAAGUCCAUGUUCGACUCGCUCAAGGUCAUUGCGCGCGAGAACCCGGCCAUGGGCGCGGGGGGCGCGUCGACCGCCCUGGGCUCCGCCAACGCAGCCGACCCGGAGGACAAGGAAGCGCUCAACUUCCACAUCCUCCUCAUCGAGAACAUGAACCACUUCCUCGAGGAGGUGGACAACCCGCGCGGCCUCGAGGUGCUGGACGAUUGGAGGGAGGCCGCCCAGCGCGAGUUGCAGGAGCACAUGGGCCUGUACCUCAACGCCGUCAUGCGCCGCCCGCUGGGCAAGCUGCUCGAGCACCUCGAAAACGUCGAGGCCCAGCUAGCCAGCGGCAAACCCCCCGCCAGCGUCGCCGCGCAGCCGAGCAACUCCAAGACGGUGUUCAACAAAGUCCUGGGCGGCUACGAUGCGCGCGAAGUCAGGAAGGGGAUUGAGACGCUCCGGAAGAGGGUCGAGAAACACUUUGGUGGUGGGGGUAAUGAAGAUGUUACUACUACGAAUACUGGUUCGGAUUAUUCCCUCGGAGUCGGGGGCGGCGGCGGUGCUGCAUCGGGCCAGUCGUCGUCGUCGGCGUCGGUGCGGUACAGCACGGGCAGUGGUGGUGCUAGCGUUAUGACAACUGCUGGUGGUGGUGGUGGUGGGGUGGGGAACGUCAACCUGGUCAACCGGGUGCUGCGCGAGUGUGAGCGGUUCUAUGGCGAUGUCGAGAUGCGCAUUGGCAGAGUCAUUACGGAUGUGUAUAGUGGGGAUGUCCUGUUUGAAUGGCCGCGUGCUGAGGUCAGGGCUGCGUUUGCCAAUGUUGGGCAUGGUCACGGUCACGGUGGGAGGUAACGGGCCUAAUGAGUACAUACUUGGGGCAGGGGGUUGUUUUCAGAAAGAGCGUGGGGGUUUGAGUUCAAGUUUUGUGUGUCGUAUAGCAGCCA